AUGGUUAAUUUUUAGCAGCCACGGUAACAAAUACUACUCUUAUUUUAUGGAAGUUUUUUGAUUAAUAUUCAAAGCAAUAAUUCUUAGACAUACGGAAUUAUGGGUAUAUGGACUUAAUUGAGUGAUGGAUUUUCUUAAGAAUAUUAAGUUAUAUAUAGUGGUGAGUAUCACAACGGCAAAAAGGUUGGGAGAUGGGAUAUUUUGGCUAAAAAAUUUGAAACAAUUUAGACCAAGCCAUUUAAAUAAAUGUAAAUUAUCCUAUUAACUUAAAAAAAAAUCAUUUUUAGUGGCGGUGGAUCAUAUGUUGAAGGAGAUGAGGAGAUUAAAAUUGGGGAAUGGAUUGAACUUGAUGAUGAUAUUGAUAAACACCUGGUUUUAUUUUGGAAAUGGGAAUAUAAGAAUGGUAAAAAAGUUGGUCAAUGGGCUUUUGGAUGGAUAUAUAAUGAUGAAUUUAUAGAGCUGUAAAUUAUCUUUUAUAACAAACAUAGUGAGGGUGGAUCAUAUCAUGAAGGAGGUGACAUUCAUAGCGGGGGCGGAUUGCAACAUGAAGAAGGCAUCGGAAUUAAGUUUUGGAAGUGGAUUGACUAAACCGAAAAUAUAUUUUUGUAAUCGCCAUCAAUCCUUUAUGAAGGUGAAUAUUCAAAUAGCAUAAAAAUUGGUGAGUGGGGCAUUUUCUAUUUGGAUGAUUCUAACAAAUUGCAAAGGAUGUAUAAAUUAAAAAUAAGAAUUUUAGUGGCGGUGGAUCAUAUGAUAAACAAAGUAAGGGUUUUAAGAUUGGAAGUUGGAUUGAGAUUAAUGAUGAAUGGAAUUAAAGGAAGUAAAUCACUCAGAUAGGUGAGUAUAAAAACGGGAGAAAAGUUGGUCAAUGGAUAGAGAUGAAUUUAAAGAAGAAUUAAAACCAUAAUAUAACAAAUUAUGAUAAUUGA